GACAUAACGAGUGACAUAAAAUGAACAAGAACGAGCAAAAAUACCACAAAGAUACCGCGAUACGAUAUAUUAUCUUCUUGCGGAUUUGAGAAGAUACUUGGGUUCGUCAGUCACCUAUACCGAUAACCACCAAGAAUUACAGUCUCCAUUAUUCGAUAUUCUCAGUCUGAUUAAUUAUUUUAAAGUUAAAGCUUCCUUAUAUAACUUUAUCUUAUUUUGAACUGAUCAACCAAUAACCAAUAGUGUUACUACACAAUGAAUGCACGUUAUGCAAAAAUCCAUCGUUCUGCAGAGGAGCGAUUCAACGCGCUGAUAGGUGAAGGCCACACACUUGAAGUCUUGGAACGUCGAUUUCAGAGAGAAUUACAACUCCAUGCGAACCUUCGUACCAACGACGCACAAAUAUCCAAAGGCGUUUUAAAACUUAUCCAACAGGCUCGAGCGACCGAACGUCCUAGGACUAAUGACUUCCUUCCUCUCAACAACUUACAAUUGCAUCAACCUGGGGUUCGAUCCAGGAGAGCUAGGGCAUCUCUAUUGACUACUUCCGAGCCUAGACUGGUUGUUAAGUUGAAGAUCAAUGAUGGUUGCUUCGAGCCGACAGUGAUGCGAUACCCUCCUACAAGUGCCUCUCCGCACACGCCGACGGGAUACGUAAAGUGGCAAGUUAACAAAUCUGGAGCGCCAGUAUCAGCUGUAAUACCUACAGUUGUAUGUCCCGAGACUUUGGAAUAUAAGGGUGAAAAUCUAGAUCAAAAUCAGUUGAAGUAUAAUGAGCUUGCGCGUAGGGCGGGUACCAAGGAAAUCAUCGAGACACAAAUCAACAAUGCAUUGACGCAGGGUGUAGAUAAAGAGGAAGCAACUAGAAGAGCGCAUUCAUAUGCAGAGGCUCAAGUCUGCAUAAUUUAUGCAGGUUUCGAACCACGAGAAGAAGAAGAAGAAUCGGAAGCUGAAUGAAAGAUUAAUGGAUGUGUUGGUUGUUUAUUGGGGUAGCGUCAGAAUAGUUUUGUUUUGAACGACGAUGGGAGGUUUUGAUAUACCAGAUAUUCGACAUCAGUCCUGUAUUCGAAGGGUGUGGUGGUUUAGGAGGAUUUUCAACCAGAGAAUUGGUUUGAGCAUCAUAUCCUCGUUCUAGGAUCCUCGUAACUGAAGUGGACAUAGGAACUGUAUCAUUUCGAAGUUCGAUGUAGAUGACGAGAUGUAAGAAAUGUUUCUUAGUUAGGACUCGAUCAAUGAUACAAAGUUACGGAUCAUCAGAAUCUUGUGCUAUAUCUAUGUCUCA